AGGUGCAGGAUGUACAGCUUUAUGGGUGGAGGGUUGUUCUGUGCAGGAGUGGGGAACAUCCUCCUGAUUGUUUCCACAGCAACCGAUUACUGGAUGCAGUAUCGGCAGUCCAGCAACUACAUGCAUCAGGGCCUGUGGCGUUACUGUAUGCCAGGGAAAUGCUUCCCGCACAGCGACAGCAUCGCCCACUUAGACGCCACCCGUGCCCUCAUGAUCCUCUCUCUUUUGGCCUGUUUCAUUGGCAUCAUCAUUGGCAUUAUGGCCUUCAUCCAUUACUCCUCCUUCGACAGGUUUGACAAAACCUUUGCUGCAGGCAUAUUGUUUUUCAUCUCAUGCUUUUUAGUGUUUCUAGCAAUGGCAGUGUACACUGGUGUGACUAUUAACUACUACGGAAAACGCUAUGGAAACUGGAGGUUCUCUUGGUCCUAUAUCAUUGGCUGGGUGUCAGUAGUUCUCACCUUCUUUUCAGGUAUAUUCUAUAUGUGUGCCUAUCGGAUGCAUGAAUGCCCCAGGAGCCCUAACUCUCAUUAGAAGAUUUAAACUAUCAUCAAGCCAUGAUCAUGAGAGCUGCACCAAGGCCGGGUGAAGAUUCUCACCAUCAGAUGGAUGCACAGCUUACCUUUGAAACAUAAAUGAUCAAAGUUUCAGUUAUUUCAAUAAAAAGAU